UUUAGUAAGUGAGUCACUCCUUGGAAUAAAAGUAGAAAGUGUGAGUUUAUAGUGUCAGUGUAUGUUCAGUGAGCGCUAUCAAAUUCAUAUGGCGAGUUAUGAAAUGAGUCAUCUGUAACAAAACAAUAGCAAUUUGUUUUCAACGUAGCCUAAAAUAACUGUAGCCUAGAUUUCUUUUGGACGUAUCAGUAGUAAAGUAUUUUUAAUUCAAAUAAGAGUCAAUCUCGUAAGCAUGGUAUGUGUCUCUGUCGGUACAAACUAGAUCCUAGAUCAUCCUAUUUUGGAUCUUAUUAAUAACAAAAUAAAAUGAGAAAUGGUUUAUGGCGAAGGUUGCCUCAAGUAUGAGCCCUCAUUUAUCGAACCAGUUGACUCGCUCUUUAGAAAAAAUACUAGAAGAAGCUCAUUUAGGAGGAGAGCUAAAACUAAGUGGAAGAAAACUUAAGGAAUUCCCAAGGACUGGUGGAAAAUAUGACCUCUCGGAUACUGUUAUUGCAGAUCUGUCAAAAAACCGCUUCUGGGAGUUGCCUGUGGAGGUGACAAAGUUCUGGUCCCUGGAGAAACUUCAAUGUUACCACAACGCUAUCCGUUCAGUGCCUGAGUCCGUAGUCUUCCUGCAGUCCCUAGUCUACCUGGACCUUAGUCGCAACCACCUGACAAGUCUACCAGCAGCUCUGUGUCAGCUACCGUUGGAGAUCUUGCUGGUUGCCAACAACAGGUUGACCUCUCUACCGGAGGAGAUCGGUCGCUGCAACUCUCUCAUGGAGUUUGACGUUAGUUGCAACCAGAUUGCUCACCUUCCUCCACAGAUGGGGCAACUGUCGAGAUUGAGGAUGCUCAAUGUUAGGAACAACCUGCUGUUAGAGUUACCUAUUGAAGUGACGUACCUGAAGCUUUUACAUAUGGAUCUCAGUGAGAAUCGAAUAGCCACGCUGCCUGUAGAACUUCGCACCAUGAACUCUCUCGUCAGUCUAGAACUGUCUCACAAUCCCCUUGUCUCUCCUCCUGCUAGUAUCUGUGUGCGAGGCAGAGUGCAUGUAUUCAAGUAUCUGGAGCUGCGCAGUGUUAAGGAAGACAAGGUGAGGUGGCGCGGCGGCGUAGAGGAGCGCAAAGUGAGUCGUAAACUGAGUGAGCUGCGCGCCAAGCAACAACACCGGCGACACCACAACACCAGUCCCUGCGCCGGCGACUCUAGCAUCAACAACUCCGACGAGACACUCAACGAACUGGGUAAAAAGAGGUUAGAAAGAUCAAGUUCUGAACGAGAAGUAAGCCGACAAAACAGCUCAGAGAGUGGGAUCAAAUCUUUGUCAAGUUCUAGUCUAGGGUCGAGGUACAGCAAGAGUGGACAGUCAAUGAACGGGCUAGGUUCCGGAGCUUCUCUCUCCCCGACAGUGGAACAGGCCAGUCAAGACAACGACCCACGACCCUACCAGCAUAUACAGUCCUACAAGGAGUACAAAGAAGCACUCAGAGCACAGAGGGCUGCAGAUAAUAUUUACAAAAGUAGAAACACCAGUUCAGAAGACCAUACACCCUCCCCCACCUACCAACAUGUGAACAAUCAUGUCAAUGACUCUGAUUCCCCUGGUCACAAGACGGACAGCAGUCCUAGCCCAGGCCAUGAGGUCAACAAACGUCCUGUACAGAAAGUCAUUCCAUCUCGCAACCUCAACUAUACCCCUCCCCCACCACCACCUGGAGUGCAGGACAAUCAUGCUGGUGUGAAUGGUUGCACUGCCUAUGUUAAGCCUUCAGCACCCCAACUGCUGACUACCAGUCUAGGUUACGUCGGCACCACACCCCCUCCACCUCGCCCCGCAGCGUGGAACCGCAACAUCCCUCCAGACAAGCUGAGCUUCACCAUGCGACGCGAGUUUGAGAAGGCAAAGGAGGAGGCGGAGCUGAUACAACAACUGAGAACUAACAUAGAGACCAGACUGAAGAUGACACUACCAGCAGACCUAGCACCAGCUCUUAGUGAUGGAGUGGUCUUGUGUCAUCUAGCCAACCAUGUCAGACCUAGAUCUGUGGCUAGCAUCCAUGUUCCUUCUCCUGCUGUUCCUAAACUAACUACUCCAAGAUGUCGCCGAAACGUUGACAAUUUCCUAGAAGCCUGUCGGAGGAUUGGAGUUGAAGAGGCGGCAUUGUGUAGUCGAGACGACGUCGUGGAAGGUGGCGGAUUGUUAGAACUGUCGCGCACAGUACACUACCUGCUGUCCGUCGCCGAGACACCACCACCUCCCCCCACCACUCUCUCUACACUGCUGUGUGUUGCGUUGCUCGUAAUCUCCAUGAUACUGCUCUACUUGUUCCCACCACCGGAUUAGACGGAUGGAUGCAGAGUUAAAGAUCUGAAUAACUCUGAGGAUCAGAUGUUUUUGGUUUACUUUUAAAUGGGAUUUUCAAUCUGAUUUGGAAAAGCGAGGAUCUUCUGAAGAAUCUGAAGAGUUUACUGAGUUUAAGUUAACAAAGUGCCUACUAUAGCUUAGUAAUUCCGUUUAUUUAUAGAAAGUGCUUAAAAAUAGUUUUAGGAGUUUUUAAUUUGAAUUUUUAAAAUAGAUAAUUCAGCUAGCUUAGCCGAGAAAGUUAAAGUCCACAAAAUAAUUGAUACACAAUUAAAGAUCACAUAACGUUACAUUGUUAUUUUGUCCUAAUAUACUCCCUCAGCGAGUGGACUGAAUAAUCUUAUCAAUCAAAGUUGUAGAUGGAAGUUCUGAAUUUGCAGUACCACGUUCUGAUUUCUGAACCUGCACUCAAACUCUCAAAUAAGCUAGCAGAAUCAGAUACUUGGUUUUCUUUUGAAUAUAAUAAUAAAAAUCAGUUUCAAAUUUUAAUUUUACAGACAAUUUUCCUGUAGCAUUUUCUGAUCGGUGAUCAGUGAUCAUAAGGUUAGUUUUAUAACAGACUAAAUUAAAAAAGGUUAACUAAAAUCUAAUUUCUUCCAACAUUAAAAUAGCAAUCAGGGGCCUGAAAUAUACACAGUUUGUGUCAAGUGUUAAGAGCAGUUUUAACAAUCUUAGUUAUCUGUGGAAGGCUAAGUUAAAACAAAACUAGUUAUUCCUUUGUUCUUUUCUUAAUAAACCUUCAUUAUUUCUUCACCAUCAUUAAGGCUUUAGUAGGCACUUUUUUACGCUUCCAAAGUAUGUUCAACAAUCGUUUAUCUUGUUAGUGCUCUACCUUUAUUUAGAUAGUUGUUUAAGAACGUGUAAAAUGAAUCCUGAAGGUUGUUCA